AUGGGCAAAGCCAGUCCGCUUGGCUACCUGUCAACAUUGGAAGCAUGGCAACUCAAACAACUGGCAUUCCUCACUGGGCUGAACUCCACCGGAACCAAAGCGCAGCUAUGUAGAGCGCUGACGGACAGUAUGGUUAGACCACCUCUCGCGAGCCCUCGAUGUAGGAUUCUCAGCGUAGACAUGGGUGUCAAAAACCUUGCCUUUUGCCUACUGGAUCUGCACGAGGUGCCGCCAGAUUUGGAGGAGACAUAUGCACAAAAAACCGAUAGCCAAUUAUCUCUUCAUCUAUCAGACUGGAAGCGUCUAGACGUCUCGGAGAGGCUGGUAGCCAAACAUGGUUCUGUUCCAGCAAACCCAUCGCCAGUAAUUGAAGAUCUGGCCAGCGAGACCAAGGACGUGUCCUCUUCCGGAGAUCAGAUCAACCUAUAUGCGCCUUCUUCGCUUUCAAAAAUCGCCUUUGGUCUGGCCUCUGAGUUCCUGCAGUACAAACCAGACUAUAUUCUGAUAGAGCGUCAGAGAUUCCGGUCUGGAGGAGCUCCUGCUAUUCAAGAGUGGACUGUUCGAGUAAACAUGUUAGAGAGCAUGUUGUGGGCAUCACUUGAGACCAUGCGACAUGGCUACAGCCAGGGUGUGAUAGCCCAAGGGCAGAAGUUCCCAGACCUUCUAGAAAUGAGUCCCCGGCGUGUUGGCAUGUUCUGGCUUGCUCGCGAGGAUUUCUUCCCUACGCCGGCAGACGUUGCUACAUCGCUCACGAGUCCCAAGGAGGUGGUACAGACGACUGAAUCAGAGCUGAAGAAGAGAUCAUUUGAGAAGAAGGACAAGAUUGCAUUGGCUCGGCACUGGCUUUCGCUUUCGAUGACUACAGAUGAUCUGACUGUGGAUGCGAAUCUAGCUCCAAUGGUUGCCUCAUUCUGUUCACCAAAGUCACGAGCAAGCCGGCGAAAGAACAAAGAUGACGAGUACGAAGAAGUCGAUGGUGCUGAUACUUCUGCUCUAUCUGGCAAACUGGACGAUCUAGCAGACUGUCUUGUUCAGGCUGUGACAUUCGCUCUCUGGGAGCAGAACCGUACCAGGGUUCGAGAUCAUGUUGCUUCACAAGCAUAG